AUGAGUUCAAAAGUUAAACACGUUGUCGAUGCAGCUGCACCGGUUGUUAAACGUGAUAUUAACAAAUGGCUUGCACCUUUACGUCAAUUUCUUAUGCUUCGAGAUUAUACACCGAAUCAACGACACGAAUUUGAUAUGUCUAAACGAACUCAACCAUCACCACUUUUACCAACUGGUUUCGCUCAUAAGUUAAGUAAAAAUUAUUACUUGGACCGGGAUGCUCGUCGGCACGUUGCACCACCUCAAAUUCUUUUUUCUAAUACAACAGAUCAAAGAUACCUUUCAAGUAGUGCUGCACAACCACAAUUAACAACUGGAGCGAAUACACAAACAACUGCAGCAUUUGUAUCAAUUCCUGAAGCUGAAAAACUAACUGCUAGUUUAUUAGCAGCAACAAAUAAUAAAGAAACCAAGACUCGUAGUCAACCUCGUCUACCGGGAAAACUUUAUAAUUGGGAUGGUUAA